AUGCCUAGAGAAAUCAUUACCAUCCAGGCUGGCCAAUGUGGCAACAGCAUCGGGAGUCAAUUCUGGCAGCAGCUUUGUCAGGAGCAUGGCAUCAAUCAAGAUGGGAACCUGGAAGACUUUGCGACCGAGGGCGGCGAUCGAAAGGACGUCUUCUACUACCAAAGCGACGAUACCAGGUAUAUCCCAAGGGCAAUAUUGAUUGAUCUGGAACCUAGAGUUAUCAACGGCAUACAAACGGGACCGUACAAAAACAUAUACAACCCAGAGAACUUUUAUGUCGGCAAAAAUGGUGUUGGAGCCGCCAACAACUGGGGCGAUGGCUAUCAGACUGGCGAGUCGGUCCACGAGGACAUCAUGGAGAUGAUUGAUAGGGAAGCAGAUGGAAGCGACUCACUCGAGGGCUUCAUGAUGCUGCAUUCGAUUGCUGGUGGCACAGGGUCAGGGCUGGGCUCGUUCCUCUUGGAAAGGCUAAAUGAUCGGUUUCCUAAGAAGAUCAUACAAACCUAUUCGGUGUUUCCGGAUACCCAGAAUGCCGGAGAUGUUGUCGUCCAUCCCUACAACAGUAUCCUAGCCAUGAGGAGACUAACACAGAAUGCCGACUCGGUGGUGGUGCUGGAUAAUGGCGCUCUCUCACAUAUCGCAGCCGACAGACUCCACGUGCAAGAGCCGUCUUUCCAACAGACAAAUCAAUUGGUCUCUACUGUUAUGUCUGCCAGCACAACAACACUGCGAUACCCUGGCUACAUGCACAAUGACCUGGUUAGCAUAUUGGCAUCCUUGAUUCCUACCCCCAAAUGCCACUUCUUGAUGACCUCCUAUACUCCUUUUACGGGAGAUCAAGUCGAACAGGCCAAGACAGUGCGCAAGACGACAGUACUUGAUGUCAUGCGCAGGUUACUGCAGCCCAAGAACCGCAUGGUUUCAACGAUACCUGGCAAGAAGAGUUGUUAUAUCUCAAUUCUGAAUGUCAUCCAAGGCGAAGUUGAUCCAACCGACGUCCACAAGUCUUUGCUGCGCAUUCGCGAAAGGAGGUUGGCGACUUUUAUUCCUUGGGGGCCAGCGAGUAUUCAGGUUGCUUUGACCAAAAGGAGCCCAUACAUACCAAUGAGCCACCGUGUCAGCGGUCUCAUGCUGGCCAACCACACUAGCAUUGCUACAGUAAGGAGCCCCUUUGUUUUGGCCUUGACCACAGAAUUCAUACUGACCGAGCGCGCCCUUAAUUUUCUGCAGCUUUUCAAAAGGAUCGUGAGGCAAUACGAUGGGAUGCGCAAGCGAAAUGCAUUCAUAGAAGGCUACAAGAAGACGCAGCCAUUCUCGGAAAACCUCGAUGAAUUUGAUGAAGCACGGCAAGUGGUCAGCGAUCUUAUCGCAGAGUACGAGGCUGCCGAAGAUGCCAAUUAUUUAAACCCGGAUGCCGGUGAGCCUGGCACCUCGGCCGAGACGGAUCGGAGAAUGGGAUGA